CAAUCCUCCUUCGAUUGAGUUUAAGCUUGUAAGCUACUAGAGAAUGAAGUCGCCUGCUUACGUCGCUGUGCUCGCACUGCUGUUGGGCAGUGUGGCAACUUCAGAAAGCUACGACCACAGACGCAUGGUCGAAACACUGCUGCGCUUCGGUGCCGAAAACGUCGGCCCCAAAAUGCUGCCAGCCCUGAAAAAGAGCCACGUUGGUGACAUCAGAGCCCUCGCUGAUGACGUUGUAAUAGUCAGCAAAUACUCCUUCUCACUGCAAUCUACAACCCAAAACGUGGACGGCGUGCUGACUAAUCUUACUCUCUCUGGUCUCCCGUCGCUUAAAGUGGGCAGAAAUGGAAACUCUGUUCUAGUAAGCGGUACGCUAGCUAUUGAUGGACAAUACAGCUUGUAUGGAACUGCAAGCGGUUCCCUUUUGGAAGGACAAGGAGGGAUCAGUAUAACACUGACUGACUAUGAUGUCGAAGCUUCUACAGAUUAUACUGUCAUUGACGAUAGCAAACUGGCUAUCAACUCUGUGGAUAUAAAACUAUCUGCACCUUCAAUUAAGGUAACCUACGAGAACCUUGUACUCGAUAUGGGUGCAACACAAUUUCUCAACGACCUUCUACGACAUUAAAAAAUAAAUAACCUCAAGUGCAAUGGUCAGGAAGGGAAUCAACCGCUACACUGUGUACAAUGUGCAUAUGGGUGAAAAACAGAAGAGCAAAGAAAACAGAAGGAGCUCAUAAUAUGAGUAUGCAUAAAUAUUGUGACGCUAAUGGCAUUAUGUUCACCAAGAAGUUCACAUUUCAGAAGGAAUUUGUAUUGAAACCAA